AUGAGCGAAAUCUUCAGAAACCCUCCUUCCAUUCAUAACAGUGAUGUUGAUGACUCUUUUGAAACCGAAAAAAAUGGAAAAAGUAGCAUGGAGAAAGAAAGCAAUGUGGAAAAGUUUACCUCUCUUUCGGAAGUUUCUCAAAGUUCGCUUUCUAAUACCCAAAGCCAUUCGAAUUCCCUUUUGGACGAAACUUUCAAGUAUAUGAAAGCAGCAGAGGAAUUGGAGCCUUUAAAUCCUAAACAAGAAAAAAAACUGCGCUGGAAAUUAUACUUUACCGUUCUUGCAAUGGUAAUGCUUUUAGAUAUGAUGCUGUAUAUCGAUAAAGCUACCCUCAGUUACUCCAGCAUCCUUGGCCUAUUCGAUGAUACACAUAUUACAAAAAACCAAUACAAUGAUCUAAACACAAUCUUUUAUGUGGGAUACAUAGUAGGUCAAAUCCCUGGCCAUUUGUUACUACAACGAUUUCCUGUGGGAAAAUUCGUCGCUACCUCAACGGCUCUUUGGACGAUCAUAAUCUUUUUGCAUUGUACGGCUUACAAUUUCGGUGGACUUAUGGCACUUCGUUUCUUCCUUGGUGUCGUGGAAUCCUCUUUGCUUCCUACGAUGGAAGCUACACUCGGUAUGUUCUUCCCACACAACGAACUGAUUUUUCUUCAACCUAUCUUUUAUAUUUCUUGCUACGGAUGUAACAUUCCCGCUGGUUUUAUUGCAUAUGGCGUGCAGUACGCUACCCAUACUGUCUCUCCUUGGAAGCUUUUUAUGAUCAUCGUUGGAGGUAUCACUUUCUUUAUGACUCUUUGGCUCUUUUUCUAUUACCCAGAUAAUCCUACCAAAGCACGCUUUUUGACAAAAAGUGAACGUUUGCAUACGGUAGACCGCGUGCGCAGAAACAAUAACAGCGGCAUCGAAUCCAAAAAAUUCAAAAAGUAUCAGGUAUUCGAAGCUUUAAAAGAACCAGUUACUUGGUUGUUUGCUCUUCAUGUUUUCACAAAUCAGCUUGCUAAUAAUCUGGCUUAUCAACAAAACUUGUUGUUUACUAGUUUGGGUGUAUCGAAUUUAAAUUCUACCUUGGUCAGUGUCGCUAAUUCUGGGUAUAAUUGUGUGAGCUCUGUUCUUGCUACAUACUUUAUGACUCUAAUUGUGAACCAAAGUGCGUUCCAUGGAGCCUUGUGGUACAUUCCCUGCUUAGCAGGAGGGAUUGCUUCUGUCGCAAUCCCUUGGGAUCGUAAAAUAGGAGAAUUGGCUGCCAUCAUUAUAGCAAGCAAUUUUGGAAUUCCUUUUAUUAUUUCCCUUGGGUGGAUGUCUGCCACAUGCUCUGGAUAUACCAAAAAGCUUACUAGAGGUGUUUUGUUUAUGAUUGCCUAUGCCAUAGCCAACAUCAUUGGACCUCAAAUGUGGCAGAGCCAUGACGCUCCUAGAUAUUAUCCUGCUUGGAUUGUUCAGAUCGUUGUUUCUUGGUCGGUUUCUCCCGCAAUUCUUUUAACCAUCCGUUGGAUCCUCGUUCGUCAAAACGAGAAACGCCGUUCUUUACGCGAACAAAAUCAUGAAGAAAAGAUUUCUAAGACUUUGGUUGAGUUCGUAGAUUCCUCUGGAAAUCCUACUUCAGGAUUCAUCGAUAAUUCUAUGUUGGAUUUGACUGAUCAAGAAAAUCUGAUGUUUAUUUAUCCAUUGUAA